GCACUGGAUUCACUUUCUAGAUAAGUAUUUUGCUGUUAUUGUAUUUGUUUGAAUCUCUUAUUGAGAAACGUUUAUCAUUGGCGCUACAUUUGGUGCUCUGUGUAUUUAGGCUUAAUGUUGCCUGUGGCUUACGUAUCAUGUCUUGCGAAUGUUCUUAGCAUGUCUAUAUUUUGUCAUGCUUCUUUCAAGAAGUUUCGUUCCGCUUAUUUGGUAGAGAACUAGAUUGUCCCCGUUUAUAUAUCCCAACUGACAGUUGCCAGAGUUUUUUCCUACUUAUGCAUCACGAAGUACGAACGUGAAACAAUCGUUCUCCUUAGGGAGUUUUUCUCCUCAGUAAAUUUCAGCAUUCUGUUGUCUCAGUUCUUCCAUAUUUUAGAUUCACCCUGUUUUAAACUAGACACCUUUUAUCUUCACUUCCUGGAAUACAUUUUUGUGGUUUAUUUGCUUACGUAAAGAUUUCUCCUAAGUCAUAGUUUUUCCGAUUUUCUGACAGUUUCUCCAUAACGUCUGUCAUCAACGUACCAUAUAUCUGUUCUGACCUAGGGAUAUAUCAUGUGGCUGUAUUAAUCCAGAUGAUUUUGAAUGAUAUGGGUGUUUGGAUGCACUUUAAGACAGCUAACGCACAUAUUCACAAAAUAUGAAUACACAUCAGUAUUGUCAGAGUGACACCAACUCUGCAAAUGACGCAGUAUCCUCUACCAGUAAAAGCUCUUUGUCAUCACAUGAUUCGUCCAAGUUUUAUCAGAAUAGGGACUCAGACAGCUUUUGUGUUUGUGGUGUUCCUGACUGUGUUGCAGGCAAAUUCACUAGAAAUGCUGAUUUAAACUCAAAUACGAAUAGGAUAGCCUCGGCCGUGAGCGAUGUGUCUUCGAGUGAAGUAUCAAACCACCUCCAACAAUCAUCGAAGCCGAAGUUAGGCACUUAUGUUAUUGAAAGAACCAUCGGUAAAGGAAUCUUUUCAUCUGUCAAACUUGCCAGACAUACGAUAACCGGAAUUUUCGUUGCAAUUAAAAUAAUCGACAAGUCAUGUCUAAGUCCCGAAAAUCUCAAAAAGGUGUACCGAGAAUCCGAUAUUCUGAAAGAACUUCACCACUCAAAUAUAGUCAAACUCUACCAGGUCAUGGAAACACAGCGACUGCUGUGCAUGGUAAUGGAGUAUGUUUCAAAUGGAGAACUAUUUGACUAUAUAGCCACAUAUGGAAGAUUCUCUGAAGUCGAUGCACGAGUGAAAUUUUUAGAUGUUCUUUCAGCUGUUGAUUAUAUUCACUCAUGUGGUAUCGUACAUCGAGAUUUAAAAGCAGAAAAUAUAUUAUUAGAUUCAGAAAUGAAUAUCAAACUAGUAGAUUUUAGUUUUGGAACAUAUUUCAGUUCAUCUGAUCAGUUGCUAAGUACCUGGUGUGGUAGUCCUCCAUAUGCUGCACCAGAAAUAUUUUUAGGCGAACCGUACAUUGGUGUGAAAGCUGAUAUAUGGAGUUUGGGUGUAAUCCUCUAUGUUAUGGUUUGUGGCGCUCUUCCAUUCGAUGCUCAAUCUCUUCCUCAUUUGAAAAAUCAAGUUCUUUCUGCCAGUUUCCGUGUCCCAUAUUGGCUUUCUAUGUCAUGUGAACAAGUAAUACGUAGUAUGCUCUCUAGAGAACCGAGUGAACGUCCAACUACUAAGCGUAUAAGUCAGCUUGCAUGGUUUACGUCAUCAACAGUUUCAAAUAGUCUUUACCAUGAAAAACAUGUUGCAAAUGUUAUGUCUAAUUCACUGGCCACAAUGCAUUUAAAUAAUCAACCAAAUACUGCACAGACAACACGACAAAUCGUACCACCUUGUAUUGCUGGGGUUGGUACGAAAAAUUCAAAUAAAUCUACUGAAUGUGAUUUAGUCCAACCAACGUUUAUUCUUAAACAUUGUUCUUGUGAUUGUACAUCACAAUUCUCAUGGAGCAAAAAUGAUUUACAAAGUCCUGGACCGAAUUUAGCCGCUGAGAUGAGAGUUGGUAAGCUAAAUGAAUUAGUGAUUAUGAUUAUGGAGUCUUACGGAAUGUGUCGCACACAAAUUCUCAAAUCACUUCUACGUUGUGCUUAUGAUCAUCUGACAGCGACUUACCUUUUAUUGGGUGAAAAACUGCGUUUGCACAAUCUUAACAUUGAUAUGUCAAGUACACCUAUCACAGACUCUGGGAUAAUUAUGUCUAAUUGUGAUCAUCCAGCAACUUCAUGUCAAUCAAUCACAGAUCGUGAACAUGAAACUGCACUGCACACACCUCAUUUGGAUUAUAUAAAUGAGAAUUCAGAUUCUGUUAUGAUGUCAAAUUCCAUCCCAUCACCUCAACCAUUAUCAUCUAUAUCAAUACCACCUAGAUCUCAAACUGACUAUUUAAAUAUGCCGUCAAAUUUGCCUGCAGCUUUUCCAUUUUCAUCUAUUAAUCCAAUGAAUAUGGAUCUUCCGUUAUCCAGUUGCUCAUCAUCUGCAGAACGAUUGGACGAAUCAACUAACAAUCUCAACUCCUACUUAGACAAUGGCUCUGCGGGUAGUAGGUAUCACAAUGACAAUAGCUCACUGUCGAUCGACAAAGAAGCGAGUAGUCAUUUGCAUGCUGACUCAUAUGGUGUUGAUCUAUCAUCUAAUAUGUGUAACCCUACUUCUGAUCUUAUGACACUACAGUCCAACUUACCUGUAACUGAACCAAGAGUUGUCAAUUCAAUCGUUGGUAAUGGUACUCCUCCUAGUGGUGGAAGACCACAACAUCGUGUUUUAGCUAGACGAAAAUAUGGAAUAUGUAGUCCACCAGCAUGCUUAGAGGAAAUUAAACAGGCACUAAUCUCACAACAGCAACAGUCUUCUUUAUAUGACAAAGACAGUACAUCAGAAGAUGUAGAUCUACAGUAAUGUGGUAAUAACCACCAUUACAAUUGAAAGGGUCAGGCAAUACACACUAAUACACCGCAGUGUUCAGUAGAAUUUAUCUAUUACGUGAAAUUGAAGAAGGAAAAGUGAGUUUUUCCUGAUUAUAAUUAUGUUAGUUCUUUAGAAAAGCAAAUAAAAACAAGAAAAGUACCCUUAAAACUAUUUUACCAUGGUCUUUCGUCGUGUUCAUUGUUAAAAUAUUUUAUUAUGGUCAUUAAUGAUCUUUUUAUUGUUAAUACUAUCACUAUCAUCGUUGUUAUUAUCUUUAUGCCGUUUAGAUUUGGACUUUUUCAUUCUAGAAAAAUCAUGAGUACACACUUAACACACUAAAUUCAUUGAUGAUGUCGGUACGAAUGGAGGAAUUUUCUUUUUUCUUCCUUUAUUUCCCUGUACAUCAUUCUUUUUAAGGCUUUUGGCCUUGUCACUUUUUUCUUCUUUCAAUUACCCCAUUUCCUCCUCUCUCUCUCCCGUCCUCUAUCUGUCCUUGAAUGAGUUCUAAGCAUAUUGAUUUGAGACAAUGAACACAAUGUGUAUUUGUCUAACAUUGUUUGUACCGAUAUCUUGAUAAAUACUACUUGUCAGAAUUCAUGUCUUUGUGUGUGUGUCUGUGUGUGUACCCUAUGUCUGCAUGCUUAUUAAACAUGAUAAUCUGACUUCACACAUGUACACUCAGUGCUGUAGUGGUAAUUUUUCUCUUCAUUAUGUAGAGUGUACAUACGGUAUCGUGUGGGCAUGUAUGUAUAAUGUGUAUGUGUAGGCUUGAAGUGAAAUGAAGUGUAUUUAUGUGAUUACCUGUCAGUUUAUCGUUCUGCCUUUUGUUCAUGCAAAAAAGAUGAUCAUGUCUUAGCUUUCUUCUUGAUUUCCUGUUGCCUUCUUUCUGUUUUUAUGUUACUGUAUUAUUUGAUGAGUGUGAUUUAUUUAUUUAUAUCUACUGUGCACAUAAACUCUGAGUCUUUUCUUCUCUUUGGUUCUUCAUCAUAAAUUUUAAUUCUUUUGCAUCGGAAUGUACACGUAAGUCAGUGAAAAUGAGUGUAAUAAGUGUUCAUUUACACUGGAUGAAUAUAUAUUAAGUCUCAUUCUUUGUUGUAUAGCUCAAAGAAAAUAAAGCUACUUGUCAUUUGUAUGUUGUGUUAAAACUAAUUGUAUUCUUUGGAAUUCUUAGACGUCAGGUUGCGAAAGACGAAUGGUCAGUUGUGAAACAAUUAUUCGCGCAUCUUACAAGUACCCAUCCAUGUACUGUUAUCUAAUGAUUAGAUUGGAUUCUAUAGAGGAGUGAUCUGACAAAUAAAGAGUAUUUUGCUGUAUGCUGUUUUGACUUGUUGUAUGAAUUGGUUGUGCAGAGGUUUUGAAUACAAAUGUAGUACGUAUAUGUAGUGAUUGUUGGUGA